UGCUUUUUUCGCCAAGAUUGACGGCGACUGACGAUGGGCUUGGUAUCGUACUAGUUCAUGAAGUUGUUCGGGUUUCGCGGCCUUUGCAAAAGCUUCAGUUUGUUGUUUGUCGUGUGCUGCACCAGCCCAAAGAGUCGCGGACUGUUGACCCAGCUGGAACAGGAAAGUUGCGGAAGUGGAAACAAGUGCUCAUCCAAGAAAAUCAUCGAGAAGCUCAAGUGGAGUAGACAGUCGUUGAGGCAAAAUGAAGUCGUACGCGAUCGUGGUGGCUAUGCUGCUGUUGGUUUCGGGGCCAUUGGUCAGUGCCGAGGCUGAUCAGAGCAGCAGCAGCGCCAAGGAACAGAUAGUGGUGCACACGCCGCUCCAGAACUAUGAGCAACCUUCACUACGUGACUACGACGACUGCCAGGCGAAUCGCCAGAGCUGCUUGCAAAUCUGCGACGGCGAGGACAAGUGCGUAGCUGAGUGUCCCGUCUGCCCGGAACUCAACGAGGAGCCGUUGCUGGUGCAGGGUGUCAACGAUACCAGCUAUGUGCCUCCUGCCCAGACGCCUAUCAACACCACGAACAUCAUCCGUCUAACGAACGAGAUCAAUAACAUUAUCAAUCACGACAUAACCGCACGGAACGAGCUCAAUGUCAAAGUACAACAGAAUGUCUCCCAGGUGGGAGGUCGCUUCGGACUCGGCUACAACGAACAGGGCUCAUGCUGCUAUGUGGUGCGACGGGAGCGGGACUGCGAUCAGAAGGAGCACUGCAAAGAGGCGUCGCGGCAGCGUGUGUGCGGCACACGUUGCCAGGCGCGUGUCAUGCUUGCCAAGCGUGUGGUGCAAUGCGACAAGGAUCAGCCCGAUGAGUGUCACGAGACUUUGGAGUAUGUGCCGGCGCGCAAGCGUAAUCACUCCAGGAAGUCAUCAGAUCUGUGUCGCUACAGCAACAGCUGGCCAUAUGUAAACUGCGAAGCUGGCCAGGAGCGUCAUGGUGGACGCGUGCGACGUGCCAAUUGCCAAAGCUGCCUCAGCCUGACCUAUGGCUUCAUCUUGCAGAAUGGCUUGCCGCCCAAUUGCUAUGGCUGCUUUCAGGGCUAUGCGGCGCCCAUGAUGGCUAUGCCAGUGUUUUAUCCCCCCUACGCUUAUCCCAACUUUGGCUACAACGAUGAACCCGAAGUUGUUCCCAAGAAGGAGGAGCAACUGCCGAAGACCGACGACGAUUUCGAUCUGGGUGAUGACGAUGGUUGGGUUAUCAAAACUCAGAAGUGUCGCGGAUCCGAUGGCAAGUUGGAGGAUUGUCUCGAGGGCAGUGGAGAUCUCGAUAACGAGGUUGUUCUACCACCAGCUCAUUUAGAGAAGGGCGAUGACAAGACGCAGCCCGAUACAGACUACAAUGUGCCGGCACAGCGUCGGCGACGUCGCCAAAGUCGCCGCCAAUUUAUGCGCUCUAUUUACAGCAAAAGACGAGACAAUUGAGCAGCAACAUCGUUGAUCCAUCGGAAAAGAGCAUACAUUAUGGGUUAAUUAUGUUAUGAGAUUCCUUUAGUUUAAACACUGCAAAUAUUAUAUAUGGUCAUAAUCUUAAUCUAAUCUCGAAUUCGAUUACGAUCUUAAGACUGUGACGUUUCGCCAAUAAAAUUUUAAAUUCUUUU